AAAAAAAAAAAAAAAAAAAAAUGUUUAGGGCAGCUUUGGUUGGUCAAAGCGGUCACUUGCCAAUGCUCUACGCUCAGCAGCGAAUCAACACUGGACAAAUGAGACAGCAUUUGUUACAGCAACACGCUCUUACUUCAACUCAGGUCCAGAACAUCCAAAGAACACCUUCUCUCGCAUUCAUCAAUGCUCAGUUAUCGCGUUUGGCCGCCCAAAAUGGACAAGCUGGUAUGAUUCAAAACUCCUUGACGCAGCAGCAAUGGCUGAAGCAAAUUUCGGAAAUAAACAGCCCCAAUUCACAAUCAUUCCGGCGCCAACAGAGUCAAAGACAGGCUCUACUUUUACAGCAGCAAUUUCCCUCUGCUCAGUUGCACCAAAAUUCCAUGCCUUUGAAUCAGCAGCAAAUAUCACAUAUUAUAGAGCAACAAUCACAAAUGGGCCAGGCUCAGAUGAACCCAUCUCAACUACAACAGAUGCAGCAAACAUCAAUAAAUCAACAACAGCCUCCUCCAAGGAUGCCGAGUCAUGCAGAACAGAAACCUGUUAGUUUAACAGGUUCACAACCAGAUGUGGCACAGUCGGGUGCAACAACACCAGGUGGUAGGUCCAGCCAAGGACCAGAAACAACAAACCAACUGCUUGGCAAAAGAAAACUACAUGAUCUGGUUUCACAGGUGGAUGCACAUGCUAAAUUGGAUCUUGAUGUUGAAGACCUCCUUUUGGAGCUAGCAGAUGAUUUUCUUGAUUCGGUGACUUCGUUUGCAUGUAGACUUGCUAAGCAUCGUAAAUCAACCAUGCUGGAGCGAAAGGAUGUAUUACUCCACCUAGAGAAAAACUUGCAGUUGACAAUUCCUGGAUUCUCAAGUGAGAAUAAACAUCUAACAAAAACCGUACCAACUGAUCUCCACAAGAAGCGAAUUGCAAUGGGUCACCAGCUGCGUGCUUUGGUGGAAUCCUCACUCCCGGGGACCAAUGCAAGCAACUCCAAGGAAACUAUUAGGCAAGUGAUGGUGAAUCCAAAUGGUGCCUACUCUACAUUAAGACCAUCACCAAGUCCAGAGCAAUUGGUUUCGCAGACAUUGGGUCCUCACAUGUUACAACAUCAUAUGACACGUUACUAAAGGACAUUCAAUACAAAAGCCUGAGCCAGCUCUCACUGCUACAUUUUAUCUUCUAGUAAACAACAACACAGUUUACCAUCUUUUCUUAAGAAAGUAAAGGUUUCCUUUUGGUAAUAGUCCAACUUUUGCUUUUCUAGGUUUCAAGAGUUUACAGGGAAGGUCAAGGCACAAUGAGUCAGUCAAAUUGUAUAUAUUUGUUUAAUAUUUAAUUUAUUAGUCUUAUAGACAAAAAAAUAAAACAGUUAUUUUUCUGUAGUUUGACUUCCUAAUUAUUUCCUUUUUUUUCUUUUUCUUUUGUAGUGUUUUUUUCUCUCUUUAUAACUUAAGUUGUCCUCUUAUAGCAACUUAAUUAUCAGGUUAUACAUGUGCGAAGAUAGUGUGAGACCCAAGUUAGGUAAAUCCAACAAAUAUUUGAAUUUGAAGCUAUCUCUUUGGAAAAAAAUAUAUAUGAAAUUCAAAUUCACGAUGGUGGUGUA